AUGGCCGAUUCUCAGCCCGACGAGGGGAAAUCGGGCAGCCCCGCGACAACGUCAUCCUCGUCGGCUGCUCGACGUCAACUGCUGGCUACUCUCAGGACUGCGGAUCUGUUUGUCGGUCGUUUAGACCGGCUCAUGUCCACAGGCGACGGCCAAGAACGAAUUUUCGCAGUCACCGGCUACCUCACCCACGUCCUCCAUCACCUCCUCUCCUCCGCGCCAUGGAUCGCCGCACAGACACGCUUGAGUCUCCUGGCCCGGCUACAAUCGGGGCCUAAAUCCGUCCCUCCGAAGACCGACUCGUCCCAGUCGCGCCUGCUUGCCCUCUCCUCGCUGAUGUCGGAGACCCGCUACACCAUCCGACUCCUGGGUCUCAUCCCCCUCUGGACCUGGGGUUCCGCAACGAUCAAAUCGCCGCCCUCCGAUCGCACCAUCUACGCCUUGACUCUGUUACAAGUGUUCGUGAACGUGAUCUACCAGGCCCUGGAGAACGGCGCCUACCUGGCGACCAAGGGGAUCAUCUCCAAGCGGUUCGUCGACCGAUGGGGUGGACCCGCCAAAUGGGAUCUGUGGAGUAUUCGCGCCUGGUUCGGCCACAUCUUCCUACAAUUCUUCGUGCUGUGGAGGAAGCGCGUCUUGCUGAAGAAGAAGGCCGCGGAUCCGUCGGCCCAGACGAAGGAGGGCCGCGACGCCGUGAACGCCGAGAUGCGCGCGUGGAAGAAGAGUCUGGUCAACAACAUCUGCUGGGCCCCCGUGUGUCUCCACUGGUGCUUCGAAAAGGGCAUCGGGUUCCCGAACAAUCUGACCGGCCUGGUGAGCUUCAUGGCGGGUGCUUGGGGGGUGUCAGACAUGUGGGCGGCUACGGCAUAG